AUGCAGCUCGCCUACCUCCUCCUCGCCGCUCCCGCCCUCGUGGCCGCCACCCUCGACCCGGCCACCUCCAACACCAAGGGCGCCUGCCCGAGCGUCUACAACUGCAGCGCCGUCAAGGUCUCCAAGGCCAUCCAGGCCGCCGAGUGCUCGCACAACACCCGCACCUCCAAGCAGACCUUCGCCGUCUUCGAGACCGACCACCAGUACGACAAGGUCAAGGGUGCCCCCUACGGCACCUGCUCGGCCUACAACUGCGUCUCUCCCACCAAGUCUCAGAUGACGAAGGAUGCGGAUUGCUGGACUUUCUUCUGGAGUGGCUCUGGUACCUCCAGCGGCGAGGGAGUCGGAUGCAUCAAGGACCCCCAGACCGGCAUCUGCGGUUGCGAGAACUCGGACGGUACCUUUGUUCCCGGUAGCAGCAGCUGCAAAUAG